AGUUGCGCGUUGUUGCUUUGUUUCCGUUCUUCUGGAGGAAUGGCGGCGGCGGCGGUCGUGACGCGUAAGAAGGACGGUGGACCCAAUGUACGAUUCCUGGAGUCGGCUGACACCGUAGCGCAGUUCGAGGGCCUCCGGCUCUGGCUCGGCAAGAGCUACAAGAAAUUUGUACAAGCGGAUUCACCUUCGAACAAAACAUUGGCUAGUCUUGUGGUUCAGCUUCUCCAGUUCCAGGAAGAUGCAUUUGGCAAACAUGUCAACAAUCCUGCAUUAACGAAAUUACCAGCAAAAUGCUUUCUGGAUUUCAAAGCAGGGGGAGCAUUAGGCCAUAUCCUGGGUGCUGCUUACAAAUUCAAAAGUGAGCAAGGAUGGAGACGAUUUGACCUGCAAAAUCCAUCCAGAAUGGAUCGUAAUGUAGAGAUGUUUAUGACAAUAGAAAAGACUUUGGUGCAGAAUAAUUGUUUGACAAGACCGACGAUCUACCUCUCUCCUGAACUUGACCAGAAGCUUGCAAGUAAAUGGAAAGAUAUUGUUAAGAGACAUCAGGGAACUAUAACAGAAGAAAAAUCAAAAGCCUCCCAUUUAAUUUAUCCUAUUCCAAGUUCUCUGGAUGAAGACGAAUGGUUGAGACCUGUGAUGAAACGAGACAAGCAGGUGCUGGUGCACUGGGGAAUGUUCCCAGAUAGCUAUGACACUUGGAUACCAGCUAGUGAAAUUGAUGCUGAGAUUGAAGAGCCACCAAUUCCUGAAAGACCAUGGAAGGUCCACGCCAAAUGGAUCUUGGACACUGAUGUAUUCAAUGAGUGGAUGAAUGAAGAGGAUUAUGGGGUUGAUGAAAACAAAAAACCUGUCAGUUACCGGCAACGCACACCAAUUAGGACAGCCAUUGAAGAGGCUUCACGUACACCAGAUAGAAAGGAUAGAAAAUCAACAACUGGGGCAAAGAAGAGGAAAAGAUCCCGUUCCCCUUCACCAAUACAGACACCAGCUGAGUCUCGGAAGAAGGCAGGAAAGAAAGGGCAGCCGACUCCAUAUGUGAAGCGAAGAGGGCAGCGAGACGAAGAGGAGCAGGAGGACCUUACAAAAGACAUGGAGGACCCUACACCUGUACCCAAUGUGGAAGAAGUUAUUCUGCCAAAAAAUGUGAACCCCAAGAAGGACAGUGAGCACACGCCUGUAAAGGGAGGUACAAUUGCAGAUUUAGAUGAGCAAGAAGAUGAGCCGUCAUCUGCAGGAGGGAAGGAGGAAGAGGACAAUUCCAGUGCCAAAGCAGAUCAGAUUCGUCCUGUGGACCAAGCAGAGGAUAAUGUCACUGAACAGACGCAUCACAUUAUCAUUCCCAGCUACUCGGCGUGGUUUGACUAUAACAGCAUUCAUGAGAUUGAACGCCGUGCCUUGCCUGAAUUCUUCAAUGGGAAGAAUAAGUCGAAGACUCCAGAGAUAUAUUUGGCAUAUCGGAACUUCAUGAUAGACACUUACCGGCUAAACCCUCAAGAAUACCUGACCAGUACAUCGUGCCGGAGAAAUUUGACAGGGGAUGUGUGUGCUGUAAUGAGAGUUCAUGCCUUCUUGGAGCAGUGGGGCCUUGUGAAUUACCAAGUGGAUGCUGACAGUCGCCCUCUGCCAAUGGGUCCUCCGCCGACUCCUCACUUCAAUGUUCUUGCAGAUACACCUUCUGGUUUGGUACCCGUUCAUCUGAGAACCCCGCAAAUUCCUGCCUCACAGCAGAUGUUGAACUUCCCAGAAAAGGCAAAGGACAAACCAGCUGACCUACAGAACUUUGGGUUGCGGACAGAUAUGUACGCCAAAAAGGGCACCUUAGCGAAACAAAGCAAAGCUAGUGCAUCCAGAGACUGGACGGACCAGGAAACCCUGCUUCUUUUAGAGGCUCUUGAAAUGUACAAAGAUGACUGGAAUAAAGUAUCUGAACAUGUUGGGAGCCGCACACAAGAUGAAUGCAUACUGAAUUUCCUGCGGCUCCCCAUUGAAGACCCAUAUCUGGAAGACACUGAUUCCUCACUUGGUCCUUUGGCCUUCCAACCUGUUCCCUUCAGCCAGUCUGGAAACCCUGUCAUGAGCACUGUGGCAUUCCUGGCCUCAGUUGUUGAUCCUCGGGUGGCUGCGGCAGCUGCCAAAGCUGCAUUAGAGGAAUUUUCCCAUGUGAGGGAGGAAGUGCCAGUUGAACUAGUGGAGGCACACAUCAAGAAAGUACAAGAGAUGGCCCGGUCUUCUGGCAAAGUGGAUCCUUCAUAUGGCUUAGAAAACAGUGGCAUUGCCGGAACAGCUCCAGAGGAACCAGAGAAAACUGAAGCAGAUGUUGAAGAGGAAAAAAUGGAAACUCAAUCAGAAGGUCAAGAAUCCGAAAAAGUGGAAAGUAAAGAGGAGACUGAACCAGUUUCAGAGAGUACAGAGAAGAUUGAAGUUCCAUCUCCUAAAGAUUUGGCAUUGGAGAAACCCAUAGAAGGGGAAAUGGCAAGCACUGACAUUAAACCAGCUCCAUCUGAAGACAAAGAUAAAGAAGAAAACAAGGAGAAUAUCGAUGUUAGCGGCAAAGAUAAAGAAAUGGAUGUUGGGAAAAAGAAGCUGGAACAUCACAUUGGCGAAGGAAACAUUGUCACAGCUGCUGCAGCGGCUCUGGCCUCAGCUGCCACUAAGGCAAAGCACCUUGCAGCAGUGGAAGAGAGGAAGAUAAAGUCCCUUGUUGCUCUUCUGGUGGAAACACAGAUGAAGAAACUGGAGAUCAAACUUCGCCAUUUUGAGGAAUUGGAAACCAUAAUGGAUCGAGAGAGAGAAGCGCUGGAACAGCAGCGACAGCAACUUCUCACGGAACGACAGGCCUUCCACAUGGAGCAGCUGAAAUAUGCUGAAAUGAGAGCCCGACAACAGCUUGAGCAGCAGCAUUCACAGAACAACCCCUCUGCUCCUGGUAUGCAACAACUGAGCUCGAUGGGUGUGAUGCAACAAGCAGCAGUACCUCCACCUCCAUACCCAAUGAUGCACCAUCAGAUGCAGCAACAGCUCGUAGGUCAGAUGCCUGGUGCGGGGGCAAUGGUGCCAGGACAACCAAUGGCUGGCCGUAUGAUGCCCAAUCUCCAGCCAAAUAUGUCCUCAGGAGCACCUUCCCAUCCAAACCCAAGUAUAGUUCCACCAUCACUUGGUAACAUGAUGGGCCCACGAGCAGCGGCUGCCACCAAUGGCAUGUAUCAAAGCCCAGCUGUACAGGCAGAUUCUGUGGUGGUUCCCACAACAACAGCAGCUGCACAGGCAGCUCCGUAACCAUGGAGACUGUUAAUAGGCAACGAUCACUCUCGUAACCAGGGAAACUGUCAGUAGGUGACGAUCAAUAAAACCCAAGAAACAGUCUCCUACAUUUCUAUCCAGCUACCUCCCUUCUUGAAAACAGCAAGUUCCAAAAUGUUUUCCUCUAUUUUGAUUCUGCUCUCCCUUUUUAUUGCAUUUUUCUUCUUUUUGGAGAAUAGAAUUUGGAGAAAAUUAAAACAUUUUAAUCACUUUUCCAC